AGUCUCGCCGGCCGGAAGAUACAGGAGUAUGUGCACUAGUGCAGUAAUUCGCACCGAAAGCCGAAAGGCGGAAAGCUCAUGGUAUCAUCAAAUUAUGGCCUUUGCGAUGCGGAGUUUACGAGUUUUGUGUAAAAUAUACAAUGCGAACGCGGGAACGACAUACUGUACUCUCCGACCGCCCGUUGGCCGAAUAUCACUCAUUCAAUCGACGCAAAAAUAUCGCUACAGUACUGAAACAACAGAUCGCCCAAAAAUCACUAGUAACCUAACUAACAUACAGUCGUCGAUAAAUGAUGCCGAAUCAUUGGUACAGGAAGCGACAAUUCACAAGAAACAAAGUGAUCAAAAAGAAGACGAGGAAGAAAAAGUAAAUCGUGAAAGAUCGAAAAAAAUGAUGAACUAUGGGUUUGCAGCGUUUGGUGUGUUCAUGGGUAUUGGCUUCACUUAUUUAGUAUACGAACUAGGAAGACCUAACUAUGACGAACAUGGGAAUGUCAUCGAGGAUGAAUUUUCCCAUUUACCAUUCUUUGAACAGAUUUACAAGAGAGUCAAGAGAGAACUCAAUUAUUAUACAAGACUAGUACAAGAACCCAGUAGGGAUAAGUUGUUACCUGAUCCAUUAAAACAUCCAUAUAUCCAGCCACCAUAUACUCUAGUUUUGGAAAUGACAGACCUUCUCGUACAUCCAGAUUGGACAUAUCAAACUGGAUGGAGAUUUAAAAAGCGACCUGGAGUCGACCAAUUUUUAGAAGCAGUUGCUCCACCACAAUUUGAAAUUGUGAUUUAUACAGCUGAACAAGGAAUGACAGUGUUCCCUAUUUUGGAUGCUCUUGAUCCGAAUGGAUAUAUCAUGUACAGAUUAGUGAGAGAUGCAACACGUUUUGUGGAUGGACAUCACGUUAAAGAUCUAGGAGCUCUCAAUCGUGAUCUUAGUAGAGUUAUUGUUAUCGAUUGGAAUGAAGAUAGCGUGAAGUUAAAUCCAGAAAAUGCAUUUAAACUUCCUCGAUGGACGGGCAACGAUGACGAUACUACGUUGUAUGACUUGGCGGCAUUCCUGAAAACAAUAUUAACAUCAAAUGUACAAGACGUGCGAGACGUACUAAAUUAUUAUAGACAAUUUGACAAUCCAUUGGAAAUGUUUAAAGAAAAUCGACGAAAAUUUUUGAUGCAAAUGGAGGAAGAACAAAACAAGCAACAAGACAAUAACAAAGUACUUAUUUCGAGAUGGAAACCAUCUUUCCUGCGGAAUCGCUAGUCAAAAUAAAUCACAUUAAAAUUUUCAAUAUGUGUAUAUCAUUUAAAAACACAAUUCAGUCAUUUCGUCGCAUGAUAAA